AUGGAAUUGACAGCGAAGGAACGUUUCGACCUCAUCAAGGACAACCUCGCGGAGGUUUUGAACCCCGAGAUCAUUGAAGGAAUUCUCGCCGAGGGCCGCAACCCCCGUAUCUACUGGGGAACCGCAACUACUGGUCGCCCACACGUCGGAUACUUCCUUGCUGCCUUGAAGAUCGCUCAACUGCUCCGUGCCCAGUGCGACGUCGUCGUCCUGCUCGCCGAUAUCCAUGGCUUCCUCGACAACUUGAAGGCGCCGCUUGAGCUUGUGGAGAACCGUGCUCAGUACUACCAGAAGAUCAUCACGGCCAUUCUGCAGUCUGUUGGUGUACCUACCGAUAACCUUGAGUUUGUUCUUGGCAGCUCCUACCAAAAAAACCCCGAAUACGUUAUGGAUGUGUACCGCCUAUCAAGCUUGAUUUCCGAGUCUGAUGCUAAGAAGGCUGGUGCGGAGGUCGUCAAACAAACCGACAACGCUCCCCUGAGUGGUCUUCUUUACCCGGUGCUACAGGUGCUCGAUGAGGAGCACCUCAAGGUUGAUUGUCAACUGGGAGGUAUGGACCAGAGGAAACUCUUUACCGCUGCCAUUGAAUGGCUACCCAAGCUUGGCUACCGAAAGCGCGCGCAUCUGAUCAACCCUAUGAUAAGCGGAUUGAAGGGUGCUAAGAUGAGUUCUAGCAUUGAAGACAGCAAGAUUGAUCUUCUAGACUCCGCCGAGACUAUCUCGAAGAAGAUCAAAAAGGCGGAGGCAGCCCCUAAGGUCGCUGAAGACAACGGAGUCAUCGCUCUUGUAGAGUUUGUUCUCCUGCCUGCGGCCGAGCUCAAGGGCCAAAAGGAAUUCCGAGUCGAGCGCAGGGAACAGGAACCAUUAAUCUACACCGAUAUCAAGCAACUUGUAGAAGAUUACAAGAACGAUAUCUUAACACCACAACUGCUCAAGCCUGCCGUAGCAGCGGGUCUUAUCAGUCUUAUGGCACCUAUAGCGGCGGCCUACGAAGCCUCCGCUGAAUGGCAGGAGAUUACCUUGAAGGCCUACCCGCCUCCGGUCUCGCAAAAGAAGGUGAAGAAGGUGAAGGACAAGGGCACUCGCUUCCCGGGUGCUAACCCAGGCCAAGAGCAGCCCAAGGCUUCUGCCGAGUAG